AAAAUAUGAAGCUGUUAGCUGGACAAUGCUAACCAGCAGCAUCUGCAGAAAAGAUUAAUACAGCAAGAUGAUAGUUGAAGCCCCACCUUUUUUUAAAAAAAAAAACUUCAUUUAAUGUUAACACACAAAAAGGCCAGGGCUCUGAUUACAGCUGCCAUCAUGCUUGUUUUGAUCCCUCCUCUCCACUGAGGCUGGUGAUACUAAUCCAAUACAAAUAAGUGAAGAAAUUACAAGAGUAACAAACUUCCUAGGCUACAAGAAUAGACAGAGAGGGUGACUAUUGCCAUGAAAUAGAUAGCUCGGGAGACAAGAAAUUAGACAAAACAUUUAAGUGAAGAAAUGUCUUAUGGACCAACAGGUUCUGUCGCCAAGCCUGUGGCUGCUGUGAAAUCUGGAUCAUUUUAAAAAAAGCCAAAUCUGGGAAAAAAAAUUCCUUUUGAGUUGUGCAGAGUAAGUUUAUUGAAGAACAAGCAAAAAGAACAAACCAUUCAAAACUAGAUGAAAUAAAACCACUGGAAGCACUACUACUGAUGCUAAAGCUUAAAUAGGUGACAGGUAAAUACAAAGUCACUGGAGAAAAACCUGAUACUUGGAAAAAUCAAAAACAGUCAAAAGGGCUGUCAGAAAACAAGGUAACUAGAAAUAUCCUUUCCAUGAAGACGGCAGCACAAGUUUGCAAAAACAGAGAAGCAGUUGCUUACAAGCUCCUGAAAUGAUGUUCAUUGGGUCUCAGAGAAUGCCUGAAUGACAAGAGAUACAAAAAAGUUGUCAGGAAGAUCACAGUUUCAGCAAGGGAAGUCAUAUAAAUACUUUUAUACCAGGGUGAUUGCAUCGUAAUCAUUUCUCCCUCCUAUAAUCAUUCUUUAGACCUUUUUUUUUUUAAAAAAAAGCAGCUACCUCUACAGUCCAGCCCUCUCGUUCACUAAUGACAUUAAGCAAGGCUUGCGGUAUCUAUUCGUAAUUACAGUAUUUAUUCACCGGCCAGAAACUACUCAGGAGAAAGACCCAGUACAUGGCUGGAGAGGCAGGAGCCAACUGCAAGUGAAAAACGACAUCUGGUAACUGAUGGUCCCGAGAAGUGGCGGAAGCAGCACGAUUCGAGACCAUCUCAGCUGUUAAAUUAAUGCAGGUCCCUUCUAGCCCUCCCCGCCUUUUUGGCUUUGCCACUGCAGCAAAUCUCGAAGGGAGAGGACGUCGGGACAAGAAUUGCACGGGUAAGAAGCGGGCGGAACGCCGCAUGCAGCUCCGAGGGCCGCGCCGCUCGUCCCCUUCCCGAGCCCGAGAUGCUGCAUCACGACACCUGCUAGUCCCUUCCGCGCUAUUCUCGCUCGCCUCUUAGGUCUAACGCCGCCCCCGCCGUGCCACGCCACGCCACGCCACGCCACGCCCGUCCCGGUCAGGUCCUCUCAAGAGCCGGAGGAAGCAUCUGUCCCCGUCCCCCCCGCAUGCGCGCUCUUUUAACUGUGCCCUCCCCCUUUCCCCCCCCCUCCGCCCCGUGACGGCAGGGGCUGCAGCUGCCGGGGGAGGAAGACUGUGGCCGGGUCUCGACGUCAUCCUGUGCAGUGCGCGGGGCAUUGAAAGGUGAAUGGCAGAGAGGGCGAGAAGAGCGCGAGCGACUGUCAGCCCAGCCCGCAGCAGCAGCAGCAGCAGCAGCAGGAACAGCAGCAGCAGGAGGAAGAAGGCGGCGCCGAGGUUUGCUUCUGCUCUUCCCAGGAGGGGCGCCCGCAGAUAAUGGAGCGGAGGCGGUAGGAAGGUGUCGCGCUGGAGGCAGCGGCAGCAGCGGAACAAAAAAGCGGAGUCACUGCGCCGCGUCUUCCCUUCGCCUCCAGCAAUGUGAGGACAGAAGUGCCGCGACCGCCGUUGCGUGACCGCUCGACCGCCGCUUUCUUCCAGGGGGAAGGGGGCAGUGCCGCCGCUCUCCCCCCCCCGACUCCCCACGCUGCUCCUCACAAUUCCGACGAGGCAGGCGACUCCCUUCACCACCGCCCGCCCUGCCCCCCCCCUCCCGCAAAGCUAUGAGCCAUGAAGCCGCCUGGCAGAAGUUCUCUGCGGCAGCCCUUCUCUGGCAGCUGCCGGCACCGCCGAUCCUCUAACGCUCCCUUCUCAGCCUGCCUGGCGCGGCUACCUCUGCUCGGCUUCUUCCGCCGUUUCCUUUUGGCGUUCCUGCUGCUCUGCUGUGGACGCCCAGAGAGCUGGGGGGUCAUUGCGGACACCGCUAUCCAUUGGAAUGAAACUUUGGAAAAAACAGAAACCAUACUGGCAAAUGAGGACACUGCAUUUCAACAGACUAACAAUAGUAGUAGCAAAAAUAACAAUUAUAGCAGUGCAUUCCAAAAAGAAAUCACAUUGCCUUCAAGACUUAUUUAUUAUUUGAACAAAGACUCUGAAAGUCCCUACCAUAUUUUGGAUACUAGGACAAGAUACCAGCAAAAACACAGUAAGGCUGUGCAUCUAGCUCAGGCAAGUUUCCAGAUUAAAGCUUUCAGUUCUAUGUUUAUUCUUGACCUCUCCCUCAACAAUGACUUAUUAUCUGCUGAUUAUGUGGAAAUUCAUUAUGAAGAUGACAAACCACAAUAUUCAAAGGGAGGGGAACACUGCUAUUAUCAUGGAAGCAUCAGAGGCAUCCCAAAAUCCAAAGCUGCUAUUUCUACCUGUAAUGGACUUCAUGGCAUGUUUGAAGACAAUACUUAUGUCUACCUGAUAGAACCUUUGGAGUUAACUCACAGCACGAGCAGUGCAGGUAGACCACAUGUCAUUCGGAGAACAUUUGGAUCAAAUGCCUUCAGUCAAUUGGAAGAUCUCGAUACAGAUUCCACAUCUGAUUGGUCCUUCCUGUCUGAGCUGCAGUGGCUAAGAAGAAGAAGAAGGGCUGCAGUGCGUGGCAUCUUUGAAGAAAUGAAAUACUUGGAGCUCAUGAUUGUUAAUGACUAUAAAAUGUUCAAAAAACAUCGGUCGUCCCAUAGUAAUACGAAUAACUUUGCGAAAUCGGUGGUAAAUCUUGUGGAUGCUAUUUACAAGGAGCAACUAAACACCAGAGUUGUUCUAGUUGCUGUUGAAACCUGGUCAGACAGAGAUCGUAUUCAUGUCCACUCGGACCCACGGCAGAUGCUUCAUGAUUUUUCCCGAUAUCGACAGAACUUCAUCAAGCAACGUGCUGAUGCUGUACAUCUCCUCUCGAAUGUGACAUUUCAUUAUAAAAGAAGUAGCCUAAGCUAUUUUGGAGGAAUUUGUUCGGUGGCUAGAGGUGUUGGAGUAAAUGAGUAUGGGCUUUCCUGGGCAAUAGCACAAGAAUUGUCCCAAAGCUUGGCUCAGAAUCUAGGAAUACAGUGGGAGCCAGCAUCCAGAAAACCAAAAGGAUGUGAUUGUACAGAAUCCUGGGGUGGAUGCAUCAUGGAGGAAACAGGUGUCUAUCACCCCAGAAAAUUCUCAAAGUGCAGCAUUGCAGAAUACAGAGAUUUUUUACUCCGAGGAGGAGGUUUUUGUCUUUUUAACAGGCCUACAAAGUUGUUUGAUGCCACUGAAUGUGGAAAUGGGUAUGUGGAACCAGGUGAAGACUGCGACUGUGGUAUCCAAACGGACUGCCAUGCAGAGUGCUGUAAAAAAUGUUCCCUUUCUAAUGGAGCUCAUUGCAGUGAUGGUCCAUGUUGUAAUGAAACCUGCCUUUUUUUUCCACGAGGCUUUGAGUGUCGCUAUGCAGUGAAUGAAUGUGAUAUUACAGAAAUCUGUACUGGUGACUCUGGCCAGUGUCCACCGAAUCUUCAUAAGCAAGAUGGAUUUGCUUGUGAUUCAAAUCAGGGACGUUGCUACAGUGGAGAGUGUAAGACAAGAGAUAAUCAAUGCAAAUACAUCUGGGGCAAUAAGGCUUCAGGGUCUCACAAACACUGUUACGAGAAGCUUAAUACAGAAGGUACGCAGAAAGGAAACUGUGGAAAAGACGGAGACAAAUGGAUUCCUUGCCACAAACAUGACGUGUUCUGUGGAUUAUUGCUUUGUGCAAAUCUUGAUGGGGUUCCACGAAUUGGUCACCUUCAGGGAGAAAUUAUUCCAACUUCUUUUUUCCACCAAGGUGUUGUAGUAAACUGCAGUUGUGCACAUGUACUUUUAGAUGAUGAAACAGAUUUAGGAUAUGUAGAAGAUGGGACUCCCUGUGGUCCUAAUAUGAUGUGUAUGGAUCGAAGAUGCCUCUCUAUUCAGUCCUUGAACAUAAGCAGCUGUCCUAUGGAUGCUAAUGGAAAAGUUUGUUCGGGACAUGGGGUGUGCAGUAAUGAAGCCACCUGCAUUUGUAACACUACUUGGGCAGGUACAGAUUGUAGCAUGUUUGAUCCUAGAAGGAAAGAUGACUCAGAGAAACCAAGUGGACCAAAGGGUCCUAGCGCCACCAAUCUUAUAAUAGGUUCCAUCGCUGGUGCCAUCCUGGUAGCAGCUAUUGUCCUUGGGGGGACAGGAUGGGGCUUUAAAAAUGUAAAAAAGAGAAGAUACGAUCCAAAUCAACAAGGCAUCUAAGGAAUUCCCUGGAAGAAUGUGGCUGUGCUUGAAUGUGGACUCUGGCUAUGGAGGCUCUUUGAAGCAGCUGGCUCUUCCUGCAGCAGAAGCAUACCAGUCAUUGUCUACCAGUGGCAAGCGGAGGCAUUGAUGAAAGGGCUGAAGGAAAACUGUCCUUUACUGGAGAUUUAAAUUCAAGGACUUCCUCCACUCAUUUCUUUCUUUUUUUGGGGAUGUUAGGGACAAAACAAACUUUGGGAAGGAACUAUUUCGCCUAUUUUUUGUUCUAAACAAAAAUGGAGCAAACAAACCAAGCGCAAUAAGUAAACUCUUUCAAACUAUUUAAAUAGGUAAAGAAUUUCUUAAUAAUUUGAGUUCGCAUGAUCUUUUAAUAUUAAUGGCAGACUCCAGUGGCAUGAUAAUUUCUGAAAUGGUGAACUGCAUGGCAUAAACACAGCAAACAAGCUAGCAAGAGGGUCCCAAAUAAAAUCUAUUUACCAAGAACAUAAUAGAACAAAACACAGAAGAGCUGAUUCUAGGUUUUACCUAUGAAACAGAGGAUAAUUCCUUAAUUCUACCUAUUAUAGGUAUUUUUCUUUAUUUUAUUUCUUUAUUGCUUUAGGGCAAGCCUCUUUGAGGAAUGGCAAAUCAUACUACAUUGAAAUAUAUUUUUAAAAAAGGCUUUGGGGGAAGUCUUAUCAAACUCCAUUAUUACACAUUUCUAAAAUGUUUCGUUCCAUACGUGAUCUUAAGUUGUAUGCAUUCUUAAAAUGUUGCUCCUAUUUAAUUUUGGGGUAGCACUUUAUAUUUUAGAGGUUUGGGCAUAGUGCAGGGAAAUUCCACAAAUAAGAGGUACGCUUUUUAAAUAUGUAUGCUUGAAACCAAAAAAAAAAAAAAGGUCCAUCCAAAACCAAUAUGUGUAAAUGCAUAUGUAUACAAUGAUUUUUUCCUCUUCAAAUGCAUUAUUUGCAUCCAUGCAGAUAUUUUGUAUAUAUUGUAAGAAGCUGACACCCUCUCAAAUUAAUCACAGAAGUGCCAAGCUUAUGUCUUUUUCAUUUUGCCAUAUUGUUUUCUUUUCUCAGUCUCAUAUUGUAUGACAGGAAAGAAGCCUAAAUAAGCCUUAAGUACUUGUAAAAUACUGAGAGCUUUUAACUGGUUAAGGCAUUUGGUGUAUUGUUUUAUAAAGCCCAGUCUCCCCUCACCCUCAGGACUCCUUUCAUUUUUUGAAAGUGCAUAAACAGUAUCCAGAUAUCCAUGUCUUUUUGAAUUUAUUUCUGUAGUACGUAAUUAUUUUUUCAAAGCAUAGCUUUGAACCUUCCUAUUAGGCUACAUGUGGUUACUGUCAUGGAGAUCUGAAUUAGAAAAAAGGAGAAUUUACCAGAUAACAUUGAAUCCUGCUUAAACAGAGAAGUGGCAUUCAUGAAACAAUAAUUUAGCCUCUUCCCUUCUCCCAAGCAUCCAAGCUCUGCCAUAAUCACGGCUUUUCAUCACUUCUCUAAUUAGCAAAUGUGAAAAGCCGAAAUGAUAAAUUCCAGUAACUACCAAAGUGUAGUAGAAAUAAAGCUUGCUUAUAUAGAUGCACCUCUGCUGGCCAACUACAAAUUAAUAUUAUGCCAAUAUACAAGGCAGCAUCCCACUCUGGUUUUGUUAGCACUGGUGGUGCAGCAGCUGCUGCAGUUGUGCUUAGGCGUUUUCUACGCCUGUGUGCCGAUGUUAAUUAAGCAAUCAUGGUCAUUAAAGCAGCCAUAAGAUAACAAACAUAUUGUUAUCCUUUAUUACAGUUGCUAUGACAUCAGAGCAGUAUUAACUCAACCUGUAAUCAUAUCCAAAACUCCAAAUGCUUGAUCAUUCAUUGCAAUGGAAGACUGCUUUGGAAUAAGUUUUAAGUGCAUAAUGAAAAAGCUACUUACUUAAUAGCUUUUUUCCCAGUCACAGGUAUUUGGGCAUGAGCUAUUUAUAAUUCGAUUAAUCAGAUAGAAAUCAUUUCAAUAUGUAUAUAAAUGUUUUAUUCUUUUAAGAUAUUUUACCCAUUGUGUAUUAGCAUUAAAAAAACAAAGCAAAGCAAAAUCUGAUACUUUUCAAAUUAUGUUUGAAUUUAUUUUUAGAUUAUCCUGGGUCACUUAAUAUUAUACCCAUGAUGGCGAACCUAUGGCACCUGUGCCACAGGUGGCACGCGCAGCCAUAUCAGUGGGCACGUGAGCUCAGCUCCGGCAUGCAUGUACACACUAGCUAGCUGAUUUUCGGGCCUUCUGGGCCCACUAGAAGAGGGAAACAGGCUAUUUCCUGCCUACGGAGAGCCUGGGGGGGUGGGGAAGGCCCAUUUUUUGCUCUCCCCCUCUCUAGAGCCUCUAGGAGCCUGGGGAGGAUGAAAAUGGCCUCCCCCUCCCCCUCCCCCUGGAGGCCCUCCGGAAGCCGGAAACUGCCCGUUUGCCAACUUCCGGUGGGACCAGAAG